CCAUCUAUUUCCACCUCCCUAUUUUAAUCGAGAAAGGGCUGUCACACGUACAACCCCCCCCACCCCAAACGAGCCAACUUUCUUUUUUUUCAUAUGCAGAAAAAAAAAACGUGUACAUGCCCUCUGCUUACGGUCCGAAAGUCCCGAUAAUAAUACAAAACCCAAGCUUGAAUAAUGUCAGAUCAAGUCGAAUCUGCAGCAGCCACUUGUACAGCACCAGCUGAUAACACUACCAACAACAACAACAAUAGCAAACUUGACGGGAAUGGCCAAGAAACGCUAGAAGCCAUGCAAGAACGACAUGGGGCUGAACAAAAAGCAUUACAAGCCAAAAUCAUUGCAUUGCGAAAAUCCGUUCCAAGCAGCAACAAGCGGAAAAAGAAGGAAGUCCAAUCACGCAUCAAUGAUAUGGAAUAUGACCUUCGAGUGAAACAUGAAAAAGAAUUACGCGCUUUACAAGGCGAAGAAGAGGAGGACGAAGACGAUGGUAUUUCGUUAGAACGACUUCAAGAAUUAAGUGUCCAAGACGGCAACAACGGUAAGGACGCCACCGACGAGACGUCCAAGAAGGCUGGUGCUAUUGAACAGCAGCAAAAGAAAAAGAAGCCAAAUAAGGCAAAGUUACGACAACAGCGUCGUGAGGCAGAAAUGCAACGGUUACGUGACGAGGCCGAAAAGGAGGCUAGCGAUCAAGUCGAUAUGGGGGCAUUAGAAAAAGCUUCUAUCCAAGAGUUACUCGAGAAGCUGAAACUCAAAGUUCAUGAGAUUCAUGCCGAUGGUCAUUGUUUAUACAAUGCUAUUUCGAACCAACUGUCUAGUAGAUAUCACCAGGAGGUGGGCCAUCAGGAGCUUCGGAAGCUAGCAGCAAGUUAUAUGCGGGAUCAUUCGGAUGAUUUUAUACCAUUCUUGUACAAAGACGACGGCGACAUGUACAGUGCAGAUGACUUUGAACGUUAUUGUGAUGAAAUUGAGAAAACCCCUCGAUGGGGCGGUCAAAUAGAGAUUGUUGCUUUAUCACGCGUCAAGGAGGUUCCAAUCCAUAUCGUUCAGAUGGGCCAACCUGUCCUCAAGGUCAAUGAGGAGGAGUAUCCCGGCAAGGCACCACUUAAACUGGCGUAUCAUAAACAUCUUUAUUCGUUAGGAGCCCAUUAUAACUCACUUUUGGACGCGUAAAAAUUAGUAUUUCUAAAUGUAAAUGCCGCGAGGCUGAUGAUUUAAAAAUCUGUACUAUCUUGGUUUACGUACACAAAGACCUGUGGCGAAAUGUGCUAUGGGGGAAAAGGAGACGCGAUCAUUUCCUCAUAUAAUACAAGCCCUCUAUGAUUGGACUUUCGCACCACCUCCGCCUUUUCCCUUGAAGAAACCCUAACUUUUCCUUCAUCAUAGAUUCAUCAUAGGGAGCGCAGUAUCUGAGGUAGAAGAAGAGAAACCAUGUUCUUCUACAUAUAUGUCGGCUAAUAAAUAUAAAGAGACCUGACUGUAUGUACAUGAUAUAUUAAAUAAUACUGCCCAUCGUCGCAAUCAAAGGAGCCUUAUUUAAUUGUACACACAUAUCACACUCUUCAAAUAUGAUAUAUG